AUGCUUGCUGCCCUCGCAUUGACCAUUUUGGCCUCAUCUGCUGCUAUAUUCGUACAUGCCGAUCCAGACCCAACAAAUCCUGGGCCUGGAGAUGUCUUCAUCGUGGGCCAGGCCUGUUCUAUUACCUGGAACCCGGAUACCACUGGCGCGUGGAAGACUAUGAUCAUUCAGUUGAAGACGGGAGACAACUUCGACAUGGUCAACUUGACCACGGUCGGCACCGUUGACGGAACGGACGCGACGAAAACCUCAUUCUCUUAUACUUGUCCUCAGGUUACACCCUACUCGCCUAUAUACUUUUACCAGUUUUCUUCUCCAGCUUCCACCAACAGUGUCUGGACUGGACGAUUCACGAUCACUGACAACGCGAACGAUAUCGUCCCUGCGGCUGAGAGCACCCAGCCCGACGGUGAGGCCAUUCCUUGGGGUACCGGCGCGCUCGUCAAUUCGACUUCAACUACCACCGUUGGUACCACGAGUUCCAUGUCAGCUACGGUUAGUGCACUUGGAACACCGAGUGCUACCUCUUCCAACGCUAGCGUUAGUACCACGACUGCAUCUCCAACUUCGACGCCAUCCUCUGGUUCGCAAGCAACUGGCGGUGGGCUCGGCCUAGCCGCGCAAAGAAUCGGCUGGAAGACUGCUUUAACCCUGGGCGUCUCUGCACUGGGUUUCACUUUGAUGCUUUAG